GGCUUGAGCUUCGUGGCUCGGAUGGAGAAAUCUCUGAGGUGAACUGUGUCUGGCUUGAAUCCAGUAUGUUUAUACAUAGGGCGUGUUUAUGGACGUACUCGAAGGACUCCGAGAGCUCGUCGCUCUUGACAGCGACCUUCGGUUGGAGCGUCGACUGGGCAGGUCUAUCGAGGAAUUCAUGCUUCCCGUUUGUUGUACCAGACGUGCACGGGAUUGUUAUUUCUGGCCCGUGCUGGCCACAGGUGUAGAGAUUCAGAUGUGCAGUCCGUCGUUCGCCCACCUUGGUACAGGUUCGCAGCCCAUGACAUCUGCCGUGCCGGUUCAUUCGAUCGAUGGCCAAGCUUCAGGAUCGCCAGCUCGGUGGUGAGGCUCUAGCUGCAUAGCUGUCCUCUCUCUCUUCAAGGAUGGAUUUCGAGGAGAAAAGUGCCGCCAGUAUCAGGAAGAAGCUGUCUGAUCUGGCGAGAACCGAGAAGGGCACUUCGGACCACGAUCGACAUUACAACUCGCUUUGGGAUGAGAUCGGAAGCACACAGUGCCUUCAGUUGCGGGGCCAGUACGAUGUGGAGCAGGGAUGCUGGAACCAGAGUCUGAGCGACGAUGAGGCGAAGGCUCUGGUGGAAGUGCUGCAGGAGGCCGACUUGAGUCGGCUGGCGAAGCUGGACCUGUCUGAGAACCUGCUCGACGAGCGAACGAUCGUGGCCGUGUUCAGAGUUCUGGAGUCGGGACGCUGUGGCAGCUUGACGCACUUGGAUUUGUCCAUAACUUCUUACGAUGUGGAAGUGGAAAUGGAAUGCAGUAAGGCCAUCGCGGCAGCCUUGAGGUCCGGGCAUCUGAGCGGGCUUCGGCAGCUAUCGUUGCCCCCGUGUCACGUGCCCACCAUCGCCGAAGCUUUGCGCUGCGGAGCAGUAUCGAACCUCGACCAUGUGGACCUGGAGGGCAGCAGGGAGCUGGAGCAGAGAAGUCAUGAGAUGAGGGAAGUUCUGGAUGCGGGGCUGCUCUCGCGAGUUGUCCAUCUCAGCCUCCGGAAUUGCUGUUUAGAAGCAGACGCCGUGGCGGUUCUCGCGCGCGCUAUGGAAUCGAAUCCAGGGUCCAAAUUGAAGCACUUAGAUUUGUCCUGGAAUCCUCUUCGACACGGCGGGAGCGUAGCGAUUGCAGGGCUGUGGAGUUCCGGUCACCUGUCGAAUCUGGAGUACCUAUCGCUGUGCAAGUGCGAGAUCCUCGACGGCGGGAUGAGAGUGAUCUCCGAGGCCAUGUCGGGAAGGGCGUCCGUGCUCAAGUUCCUGAAUGUGGAGGAGAACAAAAUCGGAGACGCCGGAAUGGCAGAGUUGUUGAAGGCGCUGCGCUCGGGGCAUCUACCCCGGCUGGAAGCGCUGAUCAUCCGAUUCAACUGGAUUCAGGAAGAGGGAAUGCUGGCCUUGGCGAAUUUCCUGGAGGAGGGCCGGUGCUCCGCAAGUCUCAAGGAGCUGCACCUGUUCGAAGUGAAUGUGUCGGAACGAAGCGCCCGAGCCUUCGUCUCGGCCUACUCGAGCAACGAGGCUCUGACCUUACAGCUGAAGACUUUUCCGUGGCCCAACACUUCCUUCGCAACCAACGCCGAGAAAUUCCGCAAGCGUAAUGUGGCCUUCACUUCUGCCAGACACAACUUGAAGGACGAGAAGGACGUGCCAGCAACCACCGGCAAGGCGUUCCUGUGCGGAUUUCAGAAGGUUGGGAAAACAACCCUUCGACGAACUCUGCAGCAGAGCAAAGUUGGCGCUAUGUGCAGACCCAUGAGAUCGAGCUGGACUGUGGGUGGCAGCAGGACAGCAGAACCUCGGACCCGAGGUAUCGAAGUUACUCACAUCGUCAAGAAGGGCCGGCGAGGCAAACCGGACGUGGUGCUCGCCAUCUGGGAUUUGGCGGGCCAAGCCGAGUACCGAGUGCUGCACAGCGCCUUCUGCCUGGCGGAGGGCAAGGCGACCAUCUUCGUCAUUGUGUGCAACGCCACUUACGAGCCAGGCCACUCGGAGACGGAACUCCUGUUCUGGUUGAGGUUCGUCGCUUCCAGCUGCGAGCCAGGGAUCAAACGCCAUGUCUUGGUGGUGCUGAACUGCUUCGGUGGACGGGAAUGUUCGGAGCUGGUCAUGUGGGUGGACUUGCUCAUGAAGCAGAAAGACACAUUCCAGGAUUUAUUGCACAUCCGUGCCACUCCUUUCGUUCUGGAUGCUCGAAAGCGUGCGUCGGUGGGUGAGUUGAAGAGGCAUUUGAUCGCUCUGUGCCGAGAGUUAUUGCAAGGCCAGUUCAUGCCAGGGAUCUGUCAGAAAUUUCCUAAACUUCUGAACAAGAGGAAAGCAAAUCCGGAUUUUCGAAAGUUUCCUGUUCUCACGCUGGAAAACUUCCUACUCCAAUUCCGCGCCAAACACCAGAAUGAGAUGAACCUGAUGGCCGCCUUGGAAUUCCUUCACGAAGCGGGAAGCGUUGUCUUAUUCAAGCAGGAUAGGCUGAGGAUGUCCGAUCCGGACAUCGCAAUUGCAGGUCUUGUCGUUCUGGAUCCCAAUUGGUUUUGUCAACGAGUUGUGGGAGAGCUGCUACUCCCUGACAGUAUUCGGCAGGAGGAGCGGUCCUCAGUGGGAUUCAAAGUCGACGAAGACGGGUCGAUCUCGCUCAAGAGAUUGCACUUGUUUCUACAGCAAAAUUUAGGCACUGAGCCCGAGUCAUGGGUGGUGACCAUGCUGAUGUGUCUGGGGCUCUGCUACAGGGGUGGAGUUCAUAACGACAGAGUCCUGGUGCCUGCACUGAUCAAGACAGAUGACAUGGAUCGGUGGGAGAAAUGCGGAGUCAGGGAGGCAGCUGCACGUCAGUGGGUCAUGGGCCGCUCCCUGACCUUGAAGGACAGCGCAAAGACUGCUCUUCCGGCCGCUUUGUUCCGACAGUUGCAAGUUUCUCUGGCGCGGGAGGCAGAGUGUGAGUCCUACACGGCGUCCAAGAGUUCCUCAAACUUCAACUUUCGGAAAAUGAGCGUGCUCCUGCAGUUCGAUGUCAGCGAGAAAGAUCCAGAAGAAAGAAUCGAUAUUCUCGUCAAACCUUUGGGGUUGAUGGACGACGAUCCUGCCAGCGUUCGGAAGCAGCAGCUAAAUGUGAUCGAGGAUAUCAUGGAUAAGUUGGAGCCCAUUGGCAUUUUCUGCUGUCCAGGAGUACAGUUCCACCGAAAGGUGAUACUGCCGUGGAGUACAGCGACAUCUACGCCGUCUAUGAAAGAUAGAAUUUUAAAACCCGUAGAUUUUUUCAUCAAGAAGGUAGAGGAAGAAGGUCUGGGAUCAUGCAGCAACUGGUGUGUCGAUGGGCAAUACGUACGCUAUGAUGACUUGCUGUCGGCCGAAGACUUGGAUGGGUUAGAAAAGACCAUUGGCAGGCGGUGUAAGGGUCUCGAAGAAGGCGUUCGUGAGCUGGGGAUCGAUGUUGAUGACACCGACCUCAAUGAACUUAGUCGAGCAGUUCCCCCUGAGGAGCUUCCACUCAGCCCGGAGAGUAGCUGCAUCGUGAGAGAAAUUCGAAGACAGGGUUCUCUCACCAGGAGUGAGGUUCGGUUGCAGGGAAAACUCAUCCGAAACCACUUGGACACGAGGGUGGCAGAGCUUCAACAUAGUAUCAAAUUCAUCUUCGACAAGCAAAAUCAAAUUCUGAGGAAGUUGCACGCCUUCCACAGCUACUCUGUGGCAGAGAAGGAGAGCAGCUUGCCAAGAUUUUUGUAUCUCAAGAAAGCCUCUGCUUCUGGAUCCUGGAUUACAGUCAAGGAAGCAUUUGGGUCUACCUUUCACGUGCACCUGCUUUGUGAAGCACGGUCCGAGAAUGGCUACUUGCACGAAGUCGAAGGACAAGAAGGUGUGCAGAUAACCAAUCCAAAGAAGUGGGUGCGCAAGCUUCAGCCUUUGUUGGAAUGGUCCCUGGCAGUCGCCAUCGUUGUAGCAAGAGUUGUAGGAGCUACGGCGUUGCCUGGACUGGGAUUGCUUCUCCCAAAUUUACCCUACUCGGAAGGCGCAAACUUAGCUCUUGUCGUAGAGUCUGUUGCUACUCUCGGAGAAAGCGCCCUCAGGAGUGGGAACCACCAAAUUGAUGCUCCUGGAUCAUCAGCGCAACAUCCAAUCAAUCUGAAGGACAGAGCAGAGGCGGCAGAGACACUGAGAGAAUUCAUCGAGGCAGUUGGACGUGCUGAGUUUUGGCGGAAAAUAGGCCUUAGGAAAGCAGCACUGAGGGACAAAGAUGGUACACUUGCGAAGUGUGCUUGGAUUUGUGAGAAAUGCUACAGCUCCUAUAAAAAGAAUGGGACCUUAGUAGCUGAUAUUACCCCUUGACUGCAAGUCCAGAACAGCCACCUGCUUCAGGUUUCAAAAAUUGAAAGGACGAGAAAGCUGUUGCAAGCGGAGGACGCAUCCACCAUCCUUGUCUCAACUAUUUACACCUUGGGAACCCUCAUCUUGGAUGAAUCAAGCGACGUAGUUACGCCGUGUCUGUCUCAUCAAGGUUAGGAAUCACUUUGGGCACUCGUUACAUCAGUUCUUCAUACCGCUUGUUCAAAGCUUGUCAGGAUAUAGUUUCUUUCUCUACAUGACGACGCCGUCCCAAGAGUAAGUCAUGUCACACGUGCAGAAAACAUCCAGAGGUUAUUUUUAUUUCUACAUAGGGAAUCACACAUGCAGAUUCGAAAAAAACAAUUCUAGAUUGGAAGUGGAGCAGGUCAACUUGAAACAUGUAACAUCUUAAGCCUGGAAAUGCUUGCAGUCUAUCUGGUUCACAUCUUUUAAAUAGUUUUUUAGGUUUAAGUUCAGAUUUUAUUUAUUUACAGAUUCUCUUUCAGGGACUGAUGUCAUUUUCACUAGAAAAACUAUUAGGUCAAAUUAAUUAUCGUAGUAGGUCUCAGCCAGAUUAAAAAGAAAUUGAUAUUUAUCUAUAUUUACAAGAAUAUGAAGAGUUUGGAGAACUCUCAAGAUUGACUUUUAUAUCAGCCGGAGCAAAGUUUUGCUGUCCAGUUGUAAGAGGCAAACUACAAAUUACAAAUAUUUGAAAAAUUAUUAUAUGUGAAGUGUGCAG